AUCUGUACGCCCAUUUUCCAACAUCGAUCUCUUGCCACCCCUAUAGUCUAGUCUAUAUAUAUAAAAUCUAAGAUAACAAACUCUUUAUUCUCUCUAAAGUUUAAAGGUAAAGUUUUCCAUUAAUACCAGAAAUAUGCAAGCUCCGAGUCCACUAGUGUCCCAAUCUCCGAGUUUAACUCGUACUAAUCUCUCAGAAAUUGCUGCUAGAGUUGUCGAAGAAUUUACCACUGAAAAUGAUAGAGACUCCGAAUUUUCCUUCAAUGAAAACAAUAAGCAUGAGAACGAAGAAAAUCAAUUAGAAAAUGGAGAUGGUGAUUUUGAGUUUGCGUUUGUAACUGAAGGAUUCGAUCAAUUUUCACCUAUCUCUGCUGAUGAAAUCUUCUACAACGGUCAGAUUCGUCCGAUUUUCGAACUCAAAUGCGGUUGUAAAUCGGAGAAGCUUUCGAUUCCGACGAAGUCCAAGUCAAUUCGAGUUUCGUUAAGGAAGCUUUUCAUCGAAGAUCGUGAUGAAAUUGCAUCGGAAGACGACGAUGACUUAGAAGGAAUUGCUCCGGGAACAUACUGCGUGUGGAGGCCGAAAGCAGCGGAGUCUCCAUCUGAGCUCCGUAAGAAGAGCAACUCGACUGGCUCGGUGCCAUCUAAGCGGUGGAAUAAGUUACGUGAGUUUCUUCAUCGGAGUAACAGUGAAGGUAAAGAGAGUUUCGUGUUUUUAACGAAAAAGAGAGAAGAAAAAACAGGUAAGAAGACGAGGAUUGUUGACCCUGUUAAAGUCACCGGAAAAGUUGCCGGCGGAGUUGAAGGUAACGGGAAAGAUAAACGGAAGUCAUACUUGCCGUACAGGCAAGAUUUGGUGAGCUUUUUUGGUAAUGUGAAUGGGUUAAGUCGGAAUUUACAGCAUAUUUGAGGCUAAUUACUGUCAACUUAAUCUCCAUUAAGUAUGAUUAGUAUAGUUAAGCUAUGUAAAUAUCUGUAUAAAGUUGUCCUCUCUUUUAAUCUUUGUAUAUUAUAUAUAAGGAUUAUAAUAAGAUUAGAUUAUCAUCC